UACCUAGGUACUUUGUAUUUUUGUAUAGUUGUAUACCUAUAAUAUGUGCAAAUUGGCAAUGCUCUUUCAAAUGCUCUUUGGUUUUGAGUUGUUUAAGCAAGUUAUUUUACUCUUUGGUUUUGAGAGUAGAAUGAAUUGGUGUUAUACCUAUGUUUAAUAAUUUGUAACAAUUAAGUGAAUAGAAAAUCCACACCGGUAUAAAAUAUCGAACGAGUUUAUUAAAAAUAAAAAAAAGAUACAAUUUAGAUUAAAAACAAUUAGAAUAGUGGUUUUGUGCAUCUGUAAAAUAGAAACGACUUUCAACUUUAAGGAGAAAUAAAUAUAUAACAAAAUGUCUUUAGACACAGUUCCUAAGGAAUUAAGAGGUCUAAGGGCCUGUUUAGUGUGUUCUUUAAUCAAGACAUUCGAUCAAUUUGAAUAUGACGGGUGCGAUAAUUGUGAUGAAUUUCUACGCAUGAAAAAUAACAAAGAUAAUGUAUAUGACUGCACGAGUAAUAAUUUUGAUGGUAUGAUCGCUGUUAUGAGCCCAGAAGACAGUUGGGUUUGUAAAUGGCAAAGAAUAAGUAGAUUUUGUAAAGGAGUUUAUGCAAUCUCUGUUUCCGGACGUCUUCCAGCUGGCGUCAUUAGAGAAAUGAAGAGUCGGGGAAUUGCUUACAGGCCUAGAGAUACAAGUCAAAGAUAAGGAAACAAAGUUAUAAAUAUAAUACAAUUAAAAUAUUAUCUAACUUAAAUAAAUCUCUAUACCUUUGUAUGCUGCUUUGAUUAAAAGCAAAAAGAAAAAUAUCACUUUUUUGUAAUAGCAAUAGAUAUUUGUAACAGACACAGGAUUGUAUAUUCUUAAUAUACUUAUUCCCUGUGUUAUAUGUAACAGCUACACUACAGUCACUGCAAACUGCCAAGGGGCUAUAAUGUAAUGCAAUUUUUUAUAACAGAUACUGUCAUUAAUACAAAUAUUACAAACAAGUAUUUUAGAAAAGUGUAGGUAAAGAGAUAUUUGUAACACUAACAAAAUUGUUGAACAUAGCAGAGGCGGCUUUGUGAUAUUUUAUUGAUGGGGGUUCACAAAAAAAAAGCUAAAAAUUAGAGCAUUUAUUUUAUUUGUAUAGAAAAUCCAUUCUAUUCAUGUAGAUUCGCCACCACUGCAGGCGCCAGCUCCAAACACGAGACACGAAAAACAAAAUCAUUAAUUGCUUUCUUCACAUCCACACAACCAAGUGGUUUUGAAAUAUUGUUCAGAUUUAAAAACACACGUAAAAGAUUUAGUUUUCGUAUUACAUUUUCGAGUAAGUAGUAAGUACAAUCACGCUGUAUAUUAAAAGAUACACUGUAUUGUUCUAUUUUUAACAAAAAAUGUCACGCACAAACUAUUUUUUAAUACUUAUUUAAAGGCUGCUAACUGACGAAGUUGAUACGUUUGUUUGUGUACUUAAAAACGGCAACAGCGCAUAUGCAGUUGUCCCCGCGGCGCGUGGCACGCCCCGCACGCCACAAGCUCGAACUUGCGAUAUAUAUACGUCGCGCGUGAGCGAUGCUCCAGAUUAGGCUAAUUUCUCAUACGAAAUCUUUUAUUUUACGCGUCGGCCUAUCUCUUUCGCACUCAUUGAACAGUGCUAGAAGUAAUUUUCGUGGGAGUGCACUACACCAGCGCUCUUUAGGACGAGCCACCACUGGAACAUAGCAUCAUUGCAAAUCUCAUUGACUUAAUAAUUUGUGACAGUUGAACUUCUUUAGCACGUUGAACACCGCCUUGAUUUUUUAGUUUUUUUGGUUGAGCCAUAGGGGACACCAUGUAGUCGACACAAUUUUUCCGUUGGUGCCGCGGGGAAACCACAUGACCACGAGCCAGAGUCAACUUAAAAAAAUGUCUUAUAAAACAUGUCAUUAGUGUAAGGAAAAAUAAGUAAGAUCUUUAAGAAUUGGUAUGGUAGUGCAAUAAAAACUUGUCAUAAAAAUUUUGUAAAUAAGGACAAACUGGCCCCAUGGACUAAACAAGUGAGGCACAACUGGUGUCCCCCAUGGUGUUCAACGUGUUAACACACUAUGUAUUAGAAUUAAAAUUAAGAAUUAUAGGAUUAAAAUUGAACUGUGCAGCUACUUCAAUACUAUUAAUAAACGUGAAAAUAUAAACUAAAUUUUUGGUUAAUAAAAAUAUUUUAAAAGAAAA